UGCAUCGCUGCUUCGUGCCAAGCCCCGGCCAGUGCUGAGCCCAGUAACCUUCAGCCCCAAACGCUCAGGGGAAGCCGUCUCGGGACUUACUCCCCUCAGAAAGCCUCCCCCUUUCCUCAGCCCCCCUGGCUGUGGCUUCGAGAGGGGUAAGCCUCUGGCUUCAAGGCCCCCUGCUAUUUUUUUUCCCUGGAUCCCCCAACACCUGGUAGCACCCCCACUGCCUUCCUGGCUGGGGAAGCAGAGCGGUGAUGUCCCAAACAGCACAGCAGACAGCUCUUGUUUCAAGCCAGUCUUUAUUGGUGGUGCCAACAUUGUGUGCUACAGCUCCUGCCAGCAUAGUGCUAAACAGUCACCAUGCACCAACUUGCUUGCUCCCUCCGUUCUCCCUGGGACUCCUGCUUGCCUCAGCUCCUGCACCCCCAAACCUCCUUUUCUUUUCCUCAGGCAUUAACAAACAACAUGUAACAAAACUGUAGGAGAAAGCAAGGCUGGAUGUCAUCUUAUAGACUCAUUCAGAGAGGCAUGAGUUUUUGUAGACUACACCCUGCUAGCAAUAAUACUUAACUUGGCAAUGACACCCAAGAAAUGUCAACUAACAUAAGUGUCACCAGGAUCCAGUCACAGGGCAGUCUCUGCUGCCAGGCCCAAACUGUUGUGUUCUUCUGUGGUGAAAAGGACAUCUGGAUGUCUUGCUAGGAAACUAUGUCAAAAACUGCUCACACAGCCCUUCCAAAAGUCUUCCCUCCAGAGCUCCAGGCCACAACUAGGUCAAUUUAGCCUCUGGUAACAGGGCAAUUCUCUGUUGUUAGGUUGAGGGACCACUUUGCAGGGCAAGGCUUGGAUUCUGGAGAGCGGGUGAGGGUAUGACAUCAAUUUCCUGUUGACUCUGGACCCUAAUGAUGGCAGCAUUGUCACUGGUCUCUGUAAGGAGAGUGGAAGGGGCUAGAGAAGGGGGUUCUUCCUCUACCCCACACCAGUAUGGCAGUCUGGGGUUCAAACCUGUCUGUCACCUUCCCUAGAUGAGCAGCUCUUCAAUGAGGUGAUGUGGGGCCUCCAGGAGGUGAGAGAAACCUUCCAGAAGAUCAUCAACCGCUUCCAAACAUUGGGUGAGACUGGUCCGCUUCACUCCUGCCCCACAACCCCCAUAGGCAGUGGAAGGCUGGGGCUAAUGGGCUUAGUCCCCUCACCCACUAAUUUCUUGGCAGCCAGUGACAGCAGCAGCACCCAGCACUGCUUGGCAUGCAGCCAGGCCAGUGCCCCACAUAUGCUCAGCUCCACAUGGCUCUACUGCUCCAGUGCCACUGCCAUGCCCCGCUGCUGCAAUGCCACACCCAGUGCCCCUGCUGCAUGCUCCUCUGCCGUUUUGUACAGCACCAGCGUGCGAGCCCUGCAGGAAAGAGGGGUGGGGGUCAGAUGGGAGGCAUGCCCUGCCCCCCCCCCCCCACAAGCAGCACAGUAGAAUUAUCUUUUAAGUUUUACUUAGCCCCCACAAAUAAUAUUUUCUCCCACUGCCUAUGACAACCCCUGGCCCCUGCCCCCAGGGCAGGACCAAUUUCUGUCUCUUACUCACACUUUCUUUUUUUGCAGUUUAUUGCCUGAACAAAUGUGGUCAGCUGUUGCAGCUCCUGACUGAUUGCAAGACAUGUAAGACUGACAUCCACACCUGCAGCAAAGAUGUGCACUGUGGAGAUCGGAAGCUAGAGGUGGAGGAGGAUGAGGACCUAAUCCUGGACUGCGCCCUGACCUGGCACCAUGUCAGCUAUGGCAUCAAGAACUACAUUUUCUACCGGGUGUGGGGGCACACAGAGCAGCACAUUGUGUCUGGUCCAGACCCAUUCCUGGUGAGAAAGGAGGUGACGGUGAAUGACUCUGGGAGCUAUCGCUGUGAGAUGCGUGAUGCCAAGAACAUGCUCUGCUCUCAGAUGCAAUUCCAGGUCACAGGUGAAGGGGGUCCUGACAGCUGUGAUUGAACAUCUGCCCCAGUACCCUCCAGAAUGGAGAGAAACCCAAGCACCCUGGCUCCCAGGCCCCCUGCUCUCACCCACCAGACCCUACUGCCCCUCCUAGAACUGGGAUAGACCCCAGGCAUCUGAGGCAGCCACCUCAGAGAUCUCCCCUCUUUGCUACAGUGACACCCCUGGGGAACAACUCAGUCCUCCCUACAGUGGCCCCCUUAUGGGGGCCCCUGACAGUGCCCCCCACACCAUGGGUGCCAGGCGCUUUGGCCCACUGGACUGUCUGGAUUGUCAUCAGUAGCAGCACUGGCCUCAUUCUGCUACUCCUUGCUGGCUGGUGAGUCUGGACACCAGGGUCCCUGCCCAGGCACUGCUCCCUGCCCCCAACCUGGAGAGCCUUUGGGCAUCAUGCAUUGGGGAUGGGGCCUGGGCAUCGCACUUUCUCCUGGGCAUUGCAGCUUCCACCUCUCUGGAAGCAGGACCUGGUGUCUGUGGCCAUACCCACUUUGCUUUCUGGGCUCCAUGAGGGGGAAUGGGAGGAACCCUCAUUUCAGGGAGGAGGGAAGAAGUGGGGCCCCCGAUUUCCCUGCCCUCUCCCCCCUGACUUGCUCCCCUCCCACUGCUCCUCAUGUCCCUCCCCCAUCUCAUGCCUCUCCCCUUUUGCAGCUUCUGUUUCUACCACUGCCAGGAGAGGGCAGUGAAGGAUGAUGAUGAUGUGGAAAGCAGAUUGUUGAGGGCAUGACAGCCCCACCCCUCCCUGGAGGCUUUCAGCCCCUCAGCACCAGCACCACUCCUCUGGGCUGGCUGGGGGUUGAGGAGGAACCAGCCUGAACUGUUUUCUAUGUAUAUAACAGAGAGACUAUUAUUGCCAGUGCUCACUAGUCUCAGACACCUGGG